AUGUCAGCCUUACAAAAUGCAAUUUGGUCAAAAAUUCCCGAUGAAUCUCUGAAUCCGAAAUAUGAAAAAUGUCGCAAUAUCACAGAAGAGAUAUACAAGAGGAUUAAUAUAACUUUUCAAAUAAAAAAACUCGAAAAGACUGGAUCACAGAGUGACCUAUCCGACUUGAGUGAUCAAAUAGACAGUAAUGAUCUCAGCAAUGAGACAGACCUGUUUGCCUGCGACAAGAGCUCUUUAUCCAGCAGUACAGAUCCUGAAAGAACACUUAACACCUGUGAAAAAUACAUCAACAUAAACAAUAAUGAGGAGACCAAAGUGAAUAAUAAGCCUGUGCCAAUUUACAAGAGACCAAGGAAAAGAUUCAGAAAACGCGUAAAGAAGCAUCAAACAAAUCGUAAUAGAAACGACAGCGAUGGUUCCAGCGACGAGGCGCUUCCGUUAAGCCGCGUAGAUGUUGACACUGUAGACAGUCAGAGCGAGUCCCCCGACAGCGUCAUGGGUGUUCCUAAUAUUGUUAUUGUCACUAAAGAAAUAAAACCAAAACUGAAAUCACCUACACAACAGAAGAACACUCCUAUACAACUAAGCAAACAUGAGUGUACUGAAUUAUCUAUACAAGCAAAAAAAUCCAAUACAAUGCAACAUAUUCCUAAAGAUGUACCUGUGACUGUCGGUACCAGUGAAAACUGUGAGAAAACUGCCAUGGAUAAGAAUGUUGAGAAACUUGGUAUUCAGGAAGGAAAGAAUUGUCCACUCUGCAAUUUGUCAUUCCGAGGGGAGAGAGGAUUGAGACGCCAUAUGACAAUGUCACAUAUAACAGUACCCGAAGAACCCAAGAAGGCUAUUUAA